AUGGAGGGUGAGGAGGGUGGAGCGUUAAGGACUCCUGCUUCCAAGGAGCAUGUCUCGGGCACCGAGAAGGCAAUAAAAGCGGAGGAGAUGAACGAUAGCGAGGAGAGGUUUGCUAGAUCGCGAAAGACUCUAGCCCUGAAGAGGCACAAGACCCUCUGGAACGGAUUCUUGCCGACCGCUACAAUCCCUAUAACCCAUCUGCUCUGCAGCAACCGGAGCUUCCUAUGCCGCACCGCUAUGGUGCCCGUCGAUGUGGUGAUUGAGAUCAUCAAGGCAUCCCGGAGCAUCGCUGAGAUACUUGCCGGCGCCAAGAUGCCAGCCACGCUCCUCAACGUCUUCACCUCUCUCGUUGUGCUCGGAAUCCUCGCCACAAUCGGCACCGGUCUGGUGGAGAUUAUCGAAGCAUCUGACAGCAUCACCCAGAAGCUCGGCUCAGAACGAUUACACGUUGCACUUGAGAGGGCGGGACGUGAGGCGUAG